AAUUUAUCGAUUUUCACCACCGUGCUCACCGCCCUCCAGUUUUUCGAGAACCUUCACGAGUGCCACUCAUCCCCCUCCCUCACCCCUCCCCGCCGUUUAUUUUGCGUUGGACUGUCAACAACACUUAAUUUUGUUGAACAACUGCUGUGGUCCACGGACAUUUCCGUACGUAACCAUGGAAUACUCCUUCUGCGAAUGUGAGUUUGACCCAGACAAUGUCCAAUGCCUCUGUGGGGAGGACUUUGAUGCCAGUGAAUGGAGUUGGGAAGAACCUUCAUGUCACUCUCCUAUUAGACUCUCAUGCAAUCAACGAGAAGUUUUAUUCAACCCCACUGUCAGUGUGGGGACUGCAGCCGUAAAAGGGACUGUGCCUUUUAUGGCAGGAAGGCAGUACUUGUGGGAAAUUAAGAUGUUGUCAACUAUCCAUGGGACAGAUGUCGUUGUGGGUGUUGGUACAGCCCAUGUAAACCUUAGCGCUUACAGUCAAAAGUUCAUAGCACUAUUAGGUAACGAUUCAGAAUCAUGGGGACUCUCCUACAGAGGUGAUAUAAUCCACGGUGGCAUUCGGACUUCAUACGGGCCUCAAUUCGGAAAAGGCAGCAUUGUGGGCGUACACUUGAACAUGUGGACUGGAACUUUGGAGUUCUACUUAAACCGACGUCGCCUUGGAGUUGCAUUUAAAUUAAUGAAGAACCAAGUGUUGUACCCAAUGAUCAGCUCAACAAUAGGCAAUUCUUCAAUGAGAUUAGUGACCACCAUGUCCUGGCCAGCCUCGCUUGAACUAUCAUGCCUGCAAUCCAUAUCAGCCAUGCCUCAGCUCUCUAAUAUUCCUGGGCUCCGGGCCAUGUGGGGCAAGACUUUCUGGUGGCAACAAGCCACAGAAAUGAAAAAGAAAGUUGAGGAAAAUGCCUUGUCUGAAGCAGUUGAGUAUGAACUGGAAAUUAUUAGUAGUGAUGAGGAGGAGCAGGAAAGAAUCAUGCUUAGGUCCAGACGAAUUCUGCGGAACAGAAAUAAUCAGAGGAGACGUCAUGCUGCUCAAUGUUGAAGGCAGCUAUAACAAAUGAAGUUGUGUAAGGUGAGUAGUGCAUUUGCACUUUUCAAAAAUAAUUUGGAAGACUUUUUUUAAAAAAAAUUUUUGUAUUUUUCUACUUUGGAUCUGUUUACAUAUUUUCUUACCCUGUACUGUAUAAAUGUUAUUGCCAUAAUGGUAAAUUGUUUUCCUAUUAUUAAUUUUACAAGUAGAUAUUACAUGUACCAUAUGGACACUAUGCUUCUUCAUGUUAUUUUGAUCACACAGUUGUGAAACCUGUGUGAUGUGGACCAAUUAUGUUUGUUAUUUUAAUUUUUGUGAUAAUAUAAAUUGAGUAGAUGUACCUUAUAUUUGUAGACAGAAAGAAUUUAACUUUCAUUGUUCCCAUGCUUGUACCUGUUGUCCAUUUUGUGGAAUUGUCUAGCGUGUGCUUGCCUCUUUUGCUCAUUAAGAAGUUAUUCAUGAACUUUCAACCCACUUUCUUGUAAUGUAUUUUUAACUAAUCCUUGUUUGAACAAAGAGCUCAUGUAUGGCUUCUUAAUGCUAGUCAAUGAAUAUUAUUCUUUUUAUAUGAAUUAAAUAAGUUUCACAAUCAA